AUGAACGAUCCUUUUGUAUCCUUUUGUAAGCGUAGAUUUGAGAAUACAAAAAUCCAUGUCAAAGAAAAAUGGCUCUCUGGUUCUAUUCAAAAAAUUUGUUCCAAUGAAUCCAGCAAUGAUACUUAUAGUGAAUUAUAUACUAAAAUUUAUAAAAAAUUCUUGAAAUCAAAUCUAAAGGAUUCCCUUCACUCCACUAUACCACAAAAUAUUGUUGACACACAUCUUACAAUACUCGAUGAAGGCAAACCAGCAAUUUUACAAAUAAUCGACAUUGUAGAAAUUGGAGUUUCAACACAAAAAUUAUAUGAUAUGUUAAAUAGUUAUUUAUCCGGUUCGUUAAAACAAGGCCAUAAAUACAAAGAUGUUAGUAAACAAUUUAAGAAUAAUGUUCAAGAUGUACAGCUUCCACGUUCUAUUCUCAAGUUAACUUUGACUGAUGGGAAUCAAAUUUUCGAUGCAAUAGAAUGCAGUCCUAUAAAAGAUUUAAAUUUAUUUACACCUAUUGGAACAAAGAUAUCUGUAAAUAAAACACAGAUAUUAAGAGGUUUCUUGUGUCUUAAACCAGAUAAUAUAAAUGUUUUAGGUGGAUUUGAAACUAUAGAUCAAUACAAAUAUUUAAAUGUAUUACUUGAAAAAUUAAAAAGACAACUAGAUGAAAAGAAAACAGGAGGAACUUCAAGGAUUAAUUGUUCUGACCAUCGUAACUCAAUAUCACAAUCAGAAAUCCAAGAUCUUAAUGUCAAUGAACCAAUAGAAACUUUUCAAAAAAAUCAAAAAUCAAAACCUGAUUAUAAUAUUGAUCAAAUCGAUUAUGUUUCUUCGACACCAAUGUUACUAGAACCAAAAGAUCAAGAUUUCAACGAUCAAAAACAUGAUCCUGAAUUUUUGCCUAUGAAUAAUAGACUUGAUGAUUACGAUAACAAUCACAACUACGUUUCCUCAACAAAAAUGUCAAUGAAACCAGAAGACCAAGACCUUGAUGACAAUAAUCCGAAUGAAUAUUGGCAACACAAUGAACCCGAGGCUUGGUCUAAAAAUAAUCAUCCAGAUUAUAUUAAUAAUAACGAUCCAACGCCACUACCAAUAAAACUAGAAGAGCAAGACUUUAAUGACAAUAAUACGAAUGAAUAUUGGCAACACAAUGAACCCGAGGCUUG